UUUCCUCAACUGAACACUGAAGUUAAACCCUCGGACAUCCAGGAAGGCAAAGAAGGUAAAGUCGACCGCGGUUAGUUUUCUGCGCCCCAAAAGAAGCUGUGGAUAGAUCAGAUGUUAAUGUUUGACACUAGAGAACAGGUCAGGUGUGUGCUCGCCGGAUUAAAUGUGGUCUCUGCUGAUGGUCGCCGCUGCGGCUGCUGCUUGUCCCGGGGUCUGCAACACUAAUGACUGAUAUGGCUUCUUAACACACCCGCGUUUCAGUGAAACUGCUCGUCAUAUUCCUGCGGUUUGGAGAGCUGCUCGUCAUGAUGACUCGGAUUUUCUGGGGAACAAUUUUACUCAUUAGCGGCUCUCUCUUUACCUUCGGAGCAGGGCACAGCAGGUCAGUAACUAUUGAAGCCAAUAUUUCCAUCAGUAUAAACUCCACUGCUCCUCCAGAUGUCUCCAGUAGCAGCUCUGUGGCAACCAGCAGCAGAAGCACAAGUACAACAAUUCCAACCACAACCAACAUCCCUUCAGUUAAAAGUUCUCUCUUUAUAGUCGGACCAAGGCAGACAAAUGCAACAGUUACUGAUGCCACCAUUUCUAUUAAUGCCACCUCCUCUGCUGCUAACACCUCAGCAAGCAGCUCUUCAACAAACACCAGCAGCAGUGCAACCAAAAGCCUCACUGGAACCACUACUACCAACAUCCACCCUGUUAAAAAGUUUGUAGCAGCAGCGGUUCGGUCUCAUUUCGACGACUGUCCAGACUCCCACCGACACUUCUGCUUCCACGGCACGUGCCGCUUCCUUAUACUGGAAGAGACACCCGCAUGUGUAUGUCAUCCAGGCUUUGUUGGGAUGAGGUGUGAGCAUGCAGACCUCCUCGCUGUAGUUGCAACCAAUCACAGGCAACAGACCAUUGCCACGGUGCUGGUGUUGUGUGUGAUUGGGUGUGUUCAUCAUGGUGUUAUGUACAGUCUUACACUGCUGGUGGAGGCAGGACUGUCGCAGGCGCAGCCACGCACAUCACUAUGUUACAGAAAAGCACAGCGUGUCCUGCUGUCCAUCUGAGAGUGUGGUCUGAGAAAACAUCUCACUUGAACAUGAGCUCUUCGUAUCAUGCCGUGUUCAGUCUUCCUCAUCUGCCUGGUCCUCAAACCCCACGGCUUGCAUCCAGAGUGGUACAGCAGGCCAGAAGCGAAGUGAUAAUACAGUAUCUUCAGUGUGACUGAGGUAGGCCUUCUUCAUGUGGGAGGUUAAAUGCUCCAUUUCUCCUAUCUGAUGACUGGGACCUUUUGGACUUCAACAAUCUAGGGAUGUGUUUGCUUUGCUCUUUGAUUCUAUGGAAAUACUCAGAAUUGCAGCAGACUGUUUGACCCUCUGAGACUGAUGCUGCCGCCAAAUCCUGCAUGAGAAGAGCUCUGUGUGUCCUGAUUAGAGUUUAUGGCUGGCCUAAAGGACAUGGGAAUUUAUCUAUAAGGCCAUUAAUCACCCUGUGUGGAUGCUGAAUAGAAAAGGCGUUUAUUUCAAGCUGCAGGACAAGAAUAAUUCACUUGAGUCAUACAUCCCCAAUUCCUAUUUUUGUCUUUUAAUAUCUUUGCACAUUUUUCAUCAGAACACUAUGAGCACGAAGGACAUUUUAAUAAUUUAUGGUGUGGGGAAACUGGUGCUUUAACAUAUUUUAGUGUCUGUUUUUAGGGAAGGAACUCACUUCACUCGACAGAAGUAGAAAUUGUUAGACUCAUGCACAUUGAUUUCCUGAUCUUAAAUCAAAAUUUAUAUGCAGAGACUGCAGCUUUAAGUUAUUCCUGUAGCGUUUUUGAUGAAACUUUCUUUAAGCGAAAAUGGUUGUCAGUUUCCGUUUUUUAAUUCCUAAGCUGUACCUGUACAUGUGCAUGCAUCAGAGGUUCUUUUUUUCCCCUUCUUUUUUUAAAUUUGCAAGCAAGAACUCUACCAACACGAGUGGCCACUUUAUCCUACAGUACCUUUGGAAAAUUGCACUCAUCUGCAAGCUUCUUCACUGCUUAUAAAAAAGCUAAACAAAACAGCACUCACUGCACGAUGUAGACACUUAAACGCAUCCACAUACGAGAGAUGCCGUUUCUAACUGCCUGAACGAGCACUGAUGGGACAAAGCACGUGGUUUGCACAUAUACCCCUAAGCAUGCAUGCACUUGAAUCACAGCUUUUAUUUUAAAUGCAAAGCAUACGAGUGCCGUGUUUAUAGCAAUGCUCAAAAAAAAAGGAAAAGGAAAAAAGCCUCUGAAGUUUAAAGUGGUUAUUUUGAAAUUUCUAAAUAAUUUUAUGUUACUGGUGAGGGAAUUAAAGGACCAAUUGACACUAUUGUGAAGCAUGUGCACAUGCUUUGUGUGUUCACUGUGAAUGUGAUGGCGUUUCUAUGCCAAAAGCCUCUGAGUGGAUGAUAAACUUGUCUUUGUUUACAGUAUGUGAUUUGUGCAUUGCAGAAUUUGCAUGUCUAUUGCAGGAUUGAAACAGAUAUAUUUGGGGGAUUCGCUGGGUGAACACAUCCCGCUGUUGAGCUUCUCAUGCAUUAUCCCUUUAUGGUGCCAGACUUAUGCUGGCACAACUGGAAAGCUUCCAUUAUUUGUUUUCCAAUGAAGAAUUAAAUAUGCAAGUGUG